AUGACCGACGUCACCUACGUUGUCUUCACGAGGAGGGCUCGUGACGCCUUUGAUCGGAGGCAGGGUGUGCGUGAGAAGCUGUACCGUGACCUGAGCAACGGCACCUUCAAGGAGGGCUGCACCAUUGCCCCGGUCUCAGCUGAAGAGGAAGAAGAGGGGCUGGAGAACGAUGAUGAUAGUGGGGAGGAGGAGGAGGAGGAGGAGGAGGAGGAGGAGGAGGAGGAGGAGGAGGAGGAGGAGGAAGAAGAAUAG